CCAGUAUAAAACACACACACACAGUCAGUCACGUCAAGCAUCCAGAGGACAAGGAGCUUGGAGUCAGACAGACCGGCGCACCAGUGCAUCAUCGUUACUCACAGUACCUGCUUUAGAACUCACCACAAGCAGUUAAACAGGGGCUGUCCUUUCCCGCACACUUAUUUAGACAGGGAAUAUAAGAAGAGAAAUGGACUUCAUCCUGCCACCCAAUCUGCCAGAUGGUGGUAUCCCAUGGGAGAAGGUUUUACCACCUCUUAUUCCUGGUCUCAAUGGGACUUAUGGACAAUAUAAUUGGUUUCCGAAAUUACUGAUGCCAGAGACUGAUAAUACCAGCUCCGCAGAGGUUAACUGUGACAACAGUGGAUUUACAGUUCAAGUUGAUGUAAAGCACUUCAACCCAGAGGACCUAAUGGUCAAAGUAAUAGGAGACUUUGUGGAAGUGCAAGGAAAGCAUGAAGAAAAAAAGAAGGAUGGUCCAGGGGUUACAACACGGCAGUUUAACCGGCGCUACCGAAUCCCAAAGGGAGUGGACACCAUGGCUUUGGAGUCAGCGGUCUCUCCAGAUGGCAUCCUUAUCAUAUCUGCACCGAUGCUGCAAACCGAGGACCCCAGAAUCCUGACCAAAUAACCUUAAUACCAAGCACUCAAAUCUCAACCAUCUUCACUGUGCAUAAAAAAAGUGUAAUGGAAGCCUUUGAGAACUCACAGGCACAUGCAAAAAUAACUUCAGGCUUCUUUAUCUACAGCAACACUCAACAUGUGCCAAAACACCCAUUUGUUCUGUUCCUGGCACUGUUCUAAUAUUCCCUGCUCUCUGAGGUUUGUAUAUACUGCUCUGCUAUUACUCAUCAAUCUUACAUGAUGUUUCAAGGAAC